AGAGAUUAGUGAAUGAAUUAAUGCAGCUGCAGAAUAGAUAGAUAGAUAGACAGAUACGACUUAAUUUAUCGGAAUCAGAAUCAAAAUUGAAAAUAAUACUAGUAAUAAUAAUGGAUAAAAAGGAAAGGGCAAAGGAAAAAAAGGAGAAAAGACGCCAAGAAAUCUCCCUUCUACGUACUAUUCCCUAUUCUGAUUACCAAAGAUGGUGGUCAUCUGAAACGAUUGCGGUUGUUACGGGCGCAAAUAGAGGGAUUGGAUUUGAAAUUGCACAUCAGCUUGCAUCACAUGGCGUUACUGUUGUUCUCACGUCGCGAGAGACAGCUGUUGGAGAAGAAGCAGUGAAAGUCUUUCAGGAAGGAGGUCUAAAUGUGGCAUUUCAUCAAUUGGAUAUUGUGGAUCCUGUAUCGAUUCAAACAUUUUGUGAUUGGAUUAAAGAAACAUAUGGUGGCCUAGAUAUACUGAUCAACAAUGCAGGAGUCAAUUUCAAUUGCGGAAAAGAUAAUUCUGUUGAAUUUUCUGAAAUGGUAAUCCAAGUUAACUAUUUUGGCACCAAAAACAUGAUCAAAGCACUUACUCCGUUGAUGAGGCCUUCCCCUGCUGGUUCUCGUAUUGUUAGUGUCACCUCGCGAUUGGGUAGACUUAAUAGCAAACGAAAUGGAAUUUCAAAUGUAGCAGUGAGAGAACAAUUAGAAAACGUGGAUACGCUGUCUGAGGAAGUUAUCGAUAAAACUAUGAGCACAUUUUUGGAGCAAGUAAAAGAUGGAACUUGGGAAUCAGGAGGAUGGCCUCAUGUGUUCACAGACUACUCAUUGUCAAAGCUAGCAGUUAAUGCCUACACAAGGUUAAUGGCGAGGAUAUUCGAGGAACGACCAGAAGGUGAAAAAAUAUACAUAAAUUGUUAUUGUCCGGGAUGGGUGAAAACUGCUAUGACUGGCUGGGCAGGGCAUGUUACUAUUGAAGAAGCUGCUGAUACUGCUGUAUGGCUUGCUUUGCUCCCUGAUCAAUUUGUGAGUGGUAAGUUCUUCGCUGAGAGGCGCGAAAUUAACUUUUAAACUAUCAGUGUAUACGAAUUGUUUUUUUUUUUGUUUUUUAAAAACAAGAUUGUCGAGUUCAGAUUCGAGAUAAUCUGCAUUUUGUUAACUGAAAUGCACCCAAUUGAUAUAAGUAGAAAUAGAUAUUGGUAUUUUCUUGAUCGAGGUGUCUUGACAAGUAACAGUGGCAGAUAUUGAUAUUGAUGAAGAGCAAAUUUAUUUGUACUUGUAGUUUUUAUUAUUUAAGCAGAUUGCAGGCAAUCUUGUUUUUUUUAACCUCUGUAAUGGAUUUAAUAAACAUUACUUAUACAUA